GAAAGUGUUUUUUCCUGUAAUAAUCGAGUGUGAUCGAUCCGUCGAGUUGCGCGUCCAUCGAAAUGCUAAAGCUAUUCAAAAAAUCCAAAGACAAAAUUCCCAAAUCGGAGAUCAUCAACGAGCCGAAGGAGCCCCAAAAGCCGGCCGUCUCCAAAUGCGGCAAGCCCCUGCUGCUGGACAACUCGCGCUGGGAGCGUCGUUUGCAUAAAGAACUGAUGUCCCUGAUCAAGGAGCCGCCGCCAGGUGUGACUGUUGACACCGAAAGCGUACAGCAAAAUUUAUCAGAAUGGAAAAUAAAUAUUAAGGGCUUCGAGGGCACGCUUUACGAGGGCGAGGACUUUCAGCUGCUGUUUAAAUUCAAUAAUAAAUAUCCCUUUGACUCGCCUGAGGUAACAUUCAUUGGUAGCAAUAUACCUGUGCAUCCGCACGUCUACAGCAAUGGUCAUAUCUGUCUGUCCAUCUUGACCGAGGACUGGUCGCCGGCAUUGUCGGUGCAAUCGGUGUGCCUUAGCAUAGCCUCCAUGUUGAGCAGCUGCCGCGAGAAGAAGCGGCCGCCGGACAAUACGCUCUACGUGAAGACAUGCAACAAGAAUCCCAAAAAGACUAAAUGGUGGUAUCACGAUGAUUCUGUUUAGUUAGCGUUGCGAUUUAUGACUACUGCCUGCUGCUUGCAUUGCGCAUACACUACAACAAAAACAAACGCGAA